AUGCUGUCCUGCAAAACUCUGGCCGCUCUGUGCGUCGCCGGACUCGUGCUCUCCGGGGGAGUGAACGCGCGCGUCGAAACUGCCCAAACCAUUGGCGCUAGUUAUCCGAAAGGUGAUGCGAUCACUGCCGGCACUGGCGUCGGCAAGACUGGUGUGACUGGUACGGGCGGUGCUGCCACAAGCCCUGUAACCAACCCGGGAGCUGGAGUCGGUGGUGCCGGAGACAAUGUCAGUGGCGCUGCGACCAAUGUCGGCGGAGGUGUCGGGAACCCGGUGGAUGGCGCGACUUCCAAUGUGAAUGCUGGCACAACCACGUCAACGCCCACGGGCGUUGAUGUCACCUCGACGACGGCUUCGGCUCCGCUACCAUCGACGGGAGGUGGAGCAUCCGUGACCGCCAGCGUCACCGAUUCCAACGGACAAACUCACACCGUGUCCAAGUCGAGCGACGGACAGUCUGUCAAUGUCAAUGUUGGCGAUAACGCUGCCAACAACGUCGGUGGGCCGACAGGAGUAAGUCCUGCUACGACGACGGCCUCAGGACCGCUUCCGUCGACGGGAGGAGGACCAUCUGUGAGCGCCAGCGUCACCGAUUCAAAUAGGAAGACCACCUCCGUCUCGAGAACCAGCGACGGACAACCCAUCAAUGCCAGCGUUGGCGGCAACACUGGUGACAAUGUCGGACCCCCAACGGGAGUCGACGCCACUUCGACGACAGCCUCGGCACCGCUGCCAGCAACGGGAGGUCAAACGAGCGUAAGCGCAAGUGUCACCGAUUCAAACGGACAGACUCGCACUGUCUACAAGAGCAGCGACGGCCAGCCCAUCAACGUCAAUGUUGGCGACAACGCUAGCAACAACUUUGGCGCACCAACGGGUGCCAACACGGCGACGACAACGGCCUUAGCUCCACUCCCAUCGACUGGAGGUGGAGCGUCCGUGAGCGCGAGCGUCACGGAUUCUAAUGGACAGACACGCACGGUUUCCAAGACGAGCGACGGCCAACCGAUCAGCGCCAACGUUGGCGAUAGUGCUGCACCCACGACCGGGGCAAGCGAGGGAGGAACAUCAGCGUCCACGGGACCCGCUGACGUAUCCGGGGCCACGGGAGGUGCUGGAGCCGGACCCAUGGGGGCGUCAGGAGCUGCUGGCCCUUCGACGGGUGGCGACGCCCCCACAACUACGACCGACUCGAAUGGAGCCACGCCUUCGGUCUCAAACACCAGUGGUGGCCAAGCCAUGACGCCGCGCAAGGAGGGGGCCGCUACGCCCGCCCCGUCGGUUCCCACGGACGCUGUCGGUGCAUCCAACUCGACUGCCCCUGUCCCCUCGAGGGAUGAGAGCGUCACCCAGAACUGA